AAACAGAAUCUACUUGUUUUCCAACACCCCCAACAUACUUGAGCGACUGCGGAACAUUUGCUCCGUUUCAUAAUCAAUAAUUCUCUCCUCGCAGCUGCAACAAAAAAAUAUAUAGAAAAACAAAAACAAAACAGCUGGCCGACCAAACAAAUAUUCGACAAUCGGAACCAAAAUCAAACGUCAAAAUCUCUGUAAAUUAGAAGAAAAAUAGCAGCGAGCGAAGAAGGAAGUGGCAGCGCAGUCAACAGCGAACAGCGAAAAGAAAACAGUGGCUGUCAGAAGUGUGUGUCCGCCGCGCAACAGUAGAAGCAAAACAACAAAACCACCACACCACUCGAUCCGAUCAGCUCGGGGCCAUUAAUUAGCGUUAGAAAGUGUGUGCUCGUGUGCGCUCUGCUCUGGUCCGGGGGGAGGGGUCAGCAAGUCAUGGAUGACACCGCAGCCCCCGCAGCCGCAUCGCCCGCCGCCGCCACGGCCGCGGGCUGCGAUGCUGCUCGCCAAAAAAUCGUCGAAACUGUGGCGGCCACCAGCAGCUCCAGCUCCAGCUCCAGUGUGCGUCUCGUAAUCAAAUCAUCCAACCAGCAAUACGAUGAUCUGAAUGUGGAUAGUGACCUCUGCUGGACGGUGCAGCGGCUGAAGAAGCAGCUCUCUCUGGUGUAUCCUGGCAAACCGGACGUUCGCGAUCAGAAGCUGAUUUACUCGGGAAAACUGCUAGACGACUCCCAGAAGAUUUCAGAAGUGAUACGAAGCUACAAGGAUGUCUACCAGCAGCAUCACAUCUUUCAUUUGGUCUGUGCCAGCAACAAUAUCACAAAACCGCCAGUUCAGCCGACUACUCCGGCCUCGAAGGAUGCGUUGCCAGCGCGCCAGGAGGUUAACGCCUCGAAUUCCGCCAAUGAGCUGCGACAACGCCAUCCCACAAAUCCGCAGCAGCAGCAGCAGACGGUACCAUCGACGGCCGCCAGUGCUGCAUUAGGCCAGAGUCCGGCCCAUAGUUGGUACCAAUACUGGCCGCAGAGUCAAGUUCCAGCUGCACCCAGUUCCAAUGCCCAUGCCAAUCCCCAUGCACUGUUCCAGCAGCAUGCGCUUAUGUACAAUGCCUGGAUGCAGCAAGUGUACGUCCAGUACAUGCAGGAGUUAACUAUGCGAUCGUCCCUUGGAGGUUCCGGCAACGCUCCUGUGGCACCGCCAAUACCAUUUAUGCCGCAAUUCCCCAUGAUGGGCCCACCUAUGUUUGCGGAGGCACAGGAUGCGGCUGGAGCAGCUAGCGCAUCCGCGGCAUCAGCAGCGCCAGCUCCGCCUCCAGAGGCGCCAGUAGCACAACCGGCAGCAGCACCACCGGCCAACCGACCAAACUUUCCACACAUCCAGGAAGAGCCAGAGAUGCGCGACUGGCUAGAUAGUUUCUUUAGCUUCACACGGCUUGCUAUUUUUGUGACAGUACUGUACUUUAACUCCUCGCCGUUGCGUUGCAUGCUGGUGAUACUCAUUGCUGGAGCAAUCUAUCUUUACCACAUUGGAAUCCUUCGACGACGUCGCGAACGAAACAAUAAUAACAUCAACCGGAACAACAAUGCAGACGAUGCGGCCGCCUUUGCUGCUGUGCAGCAAAUCCAGCGAAUGAUGGACGCGGCAGUGGAACGAGAAAACAACGAUCCGCAGGCGGCCAAUGAUCCUCAGGCUGCUGCAGCUGGUCAAGAUGCCCCCGAUGGUCCUGUUGUGGACCCAGCAACAGGUGCCAAUCCCUCGGAUCCGGCUGCCAUGUCUGCCGAAGCCGUGGCCGUAGAACCACCAAAUGCCAAUAACUCUGUGAUUUCCGUUGUGCGCACCUUUGUCAUCACCUUUUUCACGUCGCUGCUGCCCGAGGCGCCGGCGCUGUAGAGAACCCGACUGGGUACUGGAACCAGUGGAAGCAGCUUUACACGAGUUUAUCCCGUCUAUCUAUCCGUAAUCAAAAAUCUAAUUCCAAUUAUCCUUUUGGUAUUGCCUACCUCUAAGCGUAGCAGACCUGUAAACACACACAAUUUGUUUUACUAGCUGUAAUGAUAAUGUAUAUUUAUUUUCCGUGUGUGUCUGAGUGCAGCUUCAUUUUCCCGUGGCCGCGACUCCAGUUUAGCUUCUAGAAGUUUAGAUAUCUAAGAAAGUAACCUGUUUUUUGAUGUGAAUAUAAAACGAUAGAGAUGAUUAUCUCCCCAGGAUCGGGGAGCGAUACCAAGAUGCAAUUACAAAUAAAACGUAUGCUUUAACACCAAAAAAUAACGAAAUUGUAAUGUGGUGUUUACAAAAGUGCAAAUCUUUCUAGCAAAAAUUGUAAAGAAAGAUGUGAAAUUCGACACAAUUUUACAUUCUAGUAAGUAGCUAUAAGUUGUUGUAUCAGAGACCGUAAAUAAUGGAACCCAUUAACAAAAAUCUAUGUAUUUAGAAAACUUGUAUAAGAUGAUGAUUUAUACCAGUAGACUGCUAUUUGAAUAACCAACUAUGAUUUUUCGAACUGUUAAACAUUUUCUUAUAUUUCUCAAUAAAAACUUUGUAAUUUAAGUGCAAAA